AUGUCGAGUACCUUGGAGAAGAAGAUCAUGAACCUGGAGGAGCGGCUGCGAGCGGAGAACGAAUCGCGGGACCGGGACAGGCAGGCCGGCGGCGAGAUUGGUCCAGGCAUGGGCCUGCACUCCUCGUCGUCGUCGUCGUCGUCGUCGGCAGCGGCGGCGGGCUCCGCGUCCAGCCCUGCACUCCGCAGACCUCGGCAACUUGGGGAGAUGGGUACUCCAACACGACCCAGGAAACAAUUAGAUCUGCCAGUGUCGCAGAUAACACCACCAAAGAUGCACGACAGCGAGGUUGAUUUAAAACUGCAGGAAAUUAUGAAGAUGAAUGGCAUCCUGAACAUUAAUGGUCAAAGGUAUCAGACGGAGAUGAAAGAUCUGGAGCACUUGGGUGAACUCGGUAAUGGCACCUGUGGACACGUUGUCAAAAUGAGGCACAAACCGAGCGGUGUGGUGAUUGCUGUGAAGCAGAUGCGACGUUCUGGGAAUGCAGAGGAGAACAAGAGGAUAAUCAUGGAUCUCGAUGUCGUACUCAAGUCGCAUGACUGUCAGUAUAUUGUGCAGUGCCUGGGCUGUUUUAUUACUGAAUCCGACGUUUGGAUUUGCAUGGAACUGAUGGCAACGUGCCUAGACAAACUAUUAAAACGUAGUAGACAAGCGAUACCGGAAGAUUUUUUAGGAAAAGUUACAGUAGCAACGGUAAAGGCGUUGUCGUACCUGAAAGAGAAGCAUGGUGUAAUUCAUAGAGACGUGAAACCUAGUAAUAUAUUGCUGGAUGAAACGGGAGGAGUAAAACUUUGCGAUUUUGGGAUCUCUGGUAGACUGGUGGAUAGCAAAGCAAAGACGAGGAGCGCGGGAUGCGCGGCGUACAUGGCUCCUGAAAGGAUAGAUCCACCGGAUCCUACUAAACCGGAUUAUGAUAUAAGGGCAGAUGUCUGGAGUUUGGGCAUUACUCUGGUGGAACUAGCUACGGGAGUAUUUCCUUAUCGAGACUGCAAGACUGAUUUUGAGGUUCUAAGCAGAGUAGUACAAGAUGAUCCUCCGUCUCUUCCGGCGGAUGCGUUCUUUUCUAAGGAGUUUAGGAGUUUCGUCAGCUGCUGCCUCACAAAGAAUUACAAACAUCGGCCAAAGUACCACAAACUCAUGGAACAUCCCUUCAUUCGCAAGUACGAUGUUCUACAGGACGGCGAAACAAAUUCCACUCUAACAAACUCCGGCUAUCAAUGGUUUGGCAAGGUCAUGCGGCAGCUAGAGCCAAGUUCCAGAUUACCAGGAAGUCAGCAGCAGCGGAUUUCGGGCCAUGUAUCCUUAAAACAGACAGUCCAUCUUCGAACGCAAGAUGCUCGAUCUGAGAUGCCAGCCUUCCUGAGGAGCAAUAUCAAUAGCGGCAUUAGAGAGCAGCAAAAUUGCGGGUUUCUGUCGUUCCAUCAACGUUCCAAUAGCGAGAACAGCGCGAACUACGUGCCCUACAGUCCGUAUGCUCUUCGUCGGAAGGAGAUCUCUCGACCGUUCUCGCCGCCGAUAUCCAAGGACACGGCAGAUCAGCCGGAACCGAAUUUGCCUCCGCGACCUUUCUCGCCCUAUCGGCAGCACGAACAGAACAUCACCAAGCAUGAUUACAACUCUUCGAAUCGCUGCUCGACAACGAACGGUCAAAAGAGACAGGAAACGACGACGACUACGACUAUGACCACAAUGACAAUGACGACGACGACGACAAGAUCGUUCUCUCCUUAUAGAACGCAGGAUAUCAGUUUGGAUAGCAAUGGUCGAUCAUAUUCCCCAUAUCGUAGUAGUCGUUACGAGGAACGCGAUGGCAGCAAGACGAACCGAUGGCAAGGAGACGUCUCGAGGUCGUUAAGUCCUUUCGCCAGAGAUUAUUCGCCCUGGCGACGGGAGAACGUUGAUCCACCCAACGUCAUUCAGCCACCACCUGCGACGUAUGAUAAUAGCGGCCGUUACUCACCAUUUCUACAGCAACGACUCGUGCAACCAUCAUCACAACAGCCUACGACACUUCAAACCUAUCCGCAGACACAGAACAUCUAUGGUAGCCCAAUGAUCAGCCGCAAAAGGUUUCCUUCAGAACCUCCGCCGCAGGGAUCCCAUGGCUCCACUAGUCCACAAUUGUUGAUCUCCCGUUUCGCGCAUCAACUGAAACAAGAAUCGCCGCCGUCGUCGUUGACGAUGUCGCCGCAGCAGAUUAUUGGUUCAAAGGAAUCCGCGAAAAAGCGCUUUGCAUCCUACGUACGCCUCAGGCUAGGCAGCGAGCGUGCUCCUUCACCAGAACCUCCACCGAGACUGAGUCGCGGCGAGUCUCCGCUUGCUCUUAGAAGGAAUUUAAUCGAACAGGCGUCUCCUUCCUUUUCGCGAAGGUACGUCUCGCCUUCUCCGCCCCAACCGCCUCCUAGGAGAUUGUCGGAAAGCAAUUCCGUGCCUGGUAGCCCGCAGCACGUGCGAGCUCGCCUGCGCUACACGCCCGAACCUCAGAGGAGACCUCCGCCACCAUAACCCACCGUUACAAUCAUUAAGCCUUAUUAUUAUUCCUUGUUGGUGCCAUAUGUGACUACGGAUACCCGGACAACGUGUAUCACAUAGUAGCGACAUGCAUCGUUAUUCGGCAACGGUUGCGCGCACAGCGAGUCACGGAACGUGUAGAUGCAGACAUUUAUACGGCGUGUGCUCAAACGUAAACCAAAAGAAAAACAUAAAGAAGAAUCAGAGAAGCGUGUUCUUAAUACUCGAACUGUCGCGAAUUCGGAGUUGUACGCGAGUCAAAAAUUUGUACAGGAAUGUCGAUUUAGCGUGCGAAACGAGUGGAAUUACGGGCAAGUCUUUUAUUUUGAUUUAACAUUCUCACACAUUUGAAUUCGCGGACACUUCGAACGCGAGAAUUGCCUUAAGAGACACGAGGACUUGUAUUAGUUAGAUGUGAAUAUUUCAGAUCUCUGAAAGACUUCCUAGUAUUUCAGGUAUCUGAUCGAAGAAUAUUUUCAGAACUCCUUAUUGAUGUUAGAACGUAGAAAAGAGUGAAACGUCUUUUUCGAGUUUAGAACGCUUCACACGCUAAAGUCGUUAUAAACGAAACCUUCUGCACGGUCAAGCUUUUAGCUAAAUCGCGCUGACUGCCUCGGUUUAAUUGAUCCCCUGGCGCGCAAAAUUAAUAAUUUUUCUACAAGACAGGAAAAAAAGGAAAAAAAGCGUAGGUCAAUCUUUAAAAAAAGCAGAUAGUCUUAAUACAAAUUUUCGCCGAACUCUUUUGCCUCGACUGUUUUUCUAAGUGGAAAAAAACAAUCGAGGAAUGGAAAAAAAUUAAUUACAAUUAAUGUUAACCGAGACUCCGAUCGGCGCCCCAAGGCCUGUGUGUAUGUUUUAUAUACACGAAGGGGUCGUUCACAUCGCGUGUGAACAGUCCUCGCGAUGUUUGCUCGGCUUUUCUUCGCCGUUGCAAGAUGUAAAUCGAUCUACCUUCGUUAAUAAUCCUCUUCUCGUGUAUUUAUCGAGAUAGUACGCAACGAGAAAUACGAUGCUCAACUUUUUAUAUCGUUUGCGUAUCUAAAAAAAAAGCGACAGAAGUGCGGCAUUAAUCGCGUUGCACAGAUGUUUUUUCUAAAUCACAACCGCCUCGAUACACCGUACGUACAUAUAUAUAUAUAGCAUUUUGCUACACGUGAAAAAUGCGUAAACCGUUCCUAUCACUCUUCGUUUACGCUUCUUUCAAAUCUUGAGAAUUUUGUCAAGGGAAGGAGAGACGGAAUAAACGCAACGAAACUCACUCUCUCCUCUCGGAUGGUCUUACAGUACUCGAAUUGCAGUCUUACGAUGAUUUUUUUUUCUACAUUUUAUUAAUACAAUUAAUAAUAAUGACUAUUAUAUUAAAGCAAUGUUAAAAAGUCAACGAGAGUUGUGAGUUCACAAGUGCGUAAUCCAGUAUCAAUAGUCCACCCGGGAGGAAUAUUGUCAUUCAUACUCGACAUUUCUUCGCGUCAAGAAAAAGGGACGGAAGGAGAAAAACGGAAGCACAAUAAUAUCGCGGUUAGCACGUCUCGUAGAGUCCACAGAAGACGAAUUGUAUAUUACUCAAUCAGCAAAGCGUACAAGGGCGUCACUCUCAUACACACACACACACACACACACACACGCGCGCGCGCGGUUUUAGAAUGUUGUAAUUAUUAUUUUUAAUUAACAUUUAAUCCCUAUCUACGUUCAAGUCUACACUCGUAAUCACCCUUUGUCGUUUAUUUGACAAAAGGAUCUGUUGCAAUGUAAAUAAACUUAUAUUUAUAUGAGUUA